AUGGAGGGGAAGGGCGGAUAUGCGAACAGAGACAAGAAGAGAAGGCAGAAAAAACAAGAGGCCAAGGGACGCACCUCUGGGAAGAGCAGCAGAAAGAACCCAAUGCGGAGGCCACGAAAGACCGGAACGCAGGAUGAAGGCGCUCAAAAAAACACCGACGGUGCCUCCAGAGCAAACGAGGGGGCAGGAGACGAGCCAGAGGGAGGACAGUACGGCGAGGGAGAGAGCAGACAGGAAGAGAAGACCGAACAGACGCGGUCAGAAGCGAGGCGAGGAGAAGGCGGGGCGGCAAGGGGGAGGACUAGGAAGUGA